CACUUUGACAUACUACUAAAAAAAAGAAACCAUAACAACAACAAAUAUGGCGAGUGAUUUAGAUGAUUUAGUACAAAAUAUUGAAAACAUUAAGUCUACAGUUAGAAAAUCAUUUGCUCAUAUAUAUGCGACUUUAAAAGCGAGAGAAUUAAAAACAUUAAGGCAGCUCGAUGUUAUUCGAAAACAAUGCAAGGAUAACAAAGAAUUGGAGAGGAAUUGUGUUCAGAAUAUUAAAGUAUGCUAUGAUAACGAGUCCACUUUAUUAGAUUAUAUAUCAAACUACGGCGUGAUUGAUUUUGAGAAACUUAAUUUUGAUAGUAGUACUUUUAUACUAGAGGAUUACAUCAGUCCAAACGACGAUCAUAUGUAUUCAUACAAAACAAUUGAAGAAUUAACUGAGAAAGAAAAUAUAGAAGAAUUAGAAGCUAUUGAAGAGGCAGCUUUAAAACAAAUAACUGAAACUGAAGAUUGCGUCUGCAUUGUGAAUGUUCAGUCUGAAGAUGUCUCGAAAAAGUUUCGAGACAGAGAUACAAAUAUAAAUCCUGUAAAUGUAACUGAAAUCCCUUUUAACGACAGUGAAGAACAGAAAGAAAACAAUGACAUUGAUUUAUUAGAAAAUGCUUUAGAAGAAAUAAAAGAAUGUUCCGACGAAGAAGUUAAGAAAAUUAAUCCCACAGAUGACUGGCUAAAUUCUAUUAAAAAUCAAACAGAGACUGAACCUUCACAAGUUACCGAUGUAAUGGAGCACAGUACUAUAGCUUGCUCUUAACAUGAAUUAUAUUAUCAUUUUAUUUUGUUACUUAAAGUGCAUUUAAUAAACUUUUUUAUUUUAUCUAAAA